AUGGCCUCUGUAUACACCGGAUACAGUGGCUACAGCGGCUACACCAAACCGCCGCAGACCUAUGUAGACGGAACAUACUAUGACGGAAAGCCACCCGAAAACUAUGGAGAAUACUAUGGAGAUUCUGUUUAUGAAGAAAAGAAACGCCUGGAUAAGAGGGACAAGCGCUCGGCCAUCUGCUGCGAGGUGGUGGCCUUAGUGAUCGGCUUCAUCGGUCUUGUUGGUGUCGCCGCCGUCACCGGUUUGCCUAUGUGGAAAGUUACGGCGUUCAUAGAAGAGAAUAUCAUCGUUAUGGAAACGCGAUGGGAAGGUCUGUGGAUGAACUGCUACCGUCAAGCCAACAUUCGAAUGCAAUGCAAAGUAUAUGACUCUUUGCUUUUUCUUCCGCCGGAUCUGCAGGCUGCCAGAGGUCUCAUGUGCAGCUCAGUUGCGUUGACGGCCAUUGCGCUGGUCGUGUCUGCGGUGGGGAUGAAGUGCACCAAGGCAAUCGACCACCGUGCGCGCACCAAGCACGUCGUACUUGUGGUCGGGGGAUGUCUUUUCCUGAUGGGCUGUGUCACCACUUUGAUUCCCGUUUCGUGGACCGGCCAUGUGAUCAUCCGCGAUUUCUACAACCCGCUUCUCAUUGAUGCACAGAGGAGAGAGCUGGGAGAGGCGCUGUAUAUCGGGUGGGUGACCGGGGCUUUGCUUUUCGUAGCCGGGGUGAUCCUGCUCUGUCGCCACGCACCGCGCACCCAAGAAGCAGAGGCUUUGAAGUAUCAAGGACAGCUGCCACCACCUGCGUACACCUACCAGCCGUACAGCUACCAACCAGGGUACCAACCAGGGUACCAGCCAGGGUACACCUAUCAGCCCGCUUACUCUGCACCGCCACCCGGAUCUGUGGCCUAUACCCCAACUCAGUACUGA